CUCUUCUCUUUUUUUUUUUCUCUCUUCCUUCCUGCAUCUUCCACACUUUCUCCGUUGGAAGAACGCGCCUCUCUUUUUUCGCCCCGUGGUGUUGAGUCUCUGAGAUCCAUGAUCAUGAGCUCGUGACAUGUUGACUCGCCCCUUCCCUUCCUUUUACUUUGAUAUCGCGCCCUAGAUAUCUUGCCAUUCCUUCUUUGCAACUGAUCAAAGUUCGCAUUACGACAACGAGCGAUUGACUUCCGCUCGACCAGACAUUCAUUUUUAGGCAAUUCUCACGAAAGAGAAGACACCAUCACACCACCAUCUGCUCUACUUGAACGACGACGAGGACGACGAGAGAGAGAGAGAGAGAGACGAAGGCGACGUGAUUAUUUCAUCCGAAGAACUGGGGACCCAACACCAUUACCCGAAUCAUCACGACUCCUACUCUGUACGGAUAUUCGCCCAGCAUGUCGGACCAUAGGAUUCAUGUGCGCCAUGCGCAUCAUCACUUGGAGCGCAAGGCCUGGGACGACGUCAAGUCAUUUUGGAACAAUGUAUUUCUCCCCGAACAGAAAACGGAGGCUUUCACCACUAGAGUCGCGCAAACAGUGACCGACGAGAACUUCUGGGCGACAGCUACUGCCCAGGAAACCAUUGCAACCAACGGGCCUCCUCUGACCGCUGAAGCUGCCCCCGCGACCACGACUGCGCACACCACUACACACCACAGCGCCGCCCCGCCAUCCACCACCUUGUUGACAGCUUUUACUACCAAGGCGCCAGAAUCACCAGUGUCAUCAGCGCCUGCAGAAUUGCUCCCAUCAGACGUCAUGACGGAUGAGAUCAGGUCAACGGGAGCCCUCGAUCUUGAGUCUACCUUGGCGGUUGCGUCGCCGACAUCCAUGAGCUUUGGAGCAGCCACAUCCACAACUCCUGCUCCAACGGCCACCGCCGCAAGCACCACUCAACAAGGGACCAGCAGUGCUGCCACAGCCGGUAUUGCCAUUGGUGUGUUGGCUGGUUUGCUGGCUGUCUUACUGCUGGUGUGGCUCCUCUUCACCAAGCGAAAACGCCAGAUGGAAGCAGAGAAGCAACGCCUGGCAGAUGACGAAAAGAUCAACGGUCCCUUUUCCGACAAGAACGAGAUCGAAACCCCGACCGCCGCCCCGCAAUUGAGCUUGCGACCCGCCAGUCAGUUCAUGCCCACCGAAGUUCCAGAAAGGAGAACCAGCCGCGCCAACAUGAUGAACACCAGCUCGAACGUACCUGGGUCCCCCCUCAGCCGUCCUGCAGGAGCUAGCGCUUGGGAGCGUCCGACUGUCAGCUCGACUCAGACCGCUGGCGAAAGACCCGGCACUAGUGCGAGCUUCAACCCAUUCGGUGAUAAUCAGCAAAUUCCCGAAGAGUCUUCGCCAGUCAGCCCGGCUGGCGACUCGCCUGUCUCCGCUGGUGCGGCUGGAGCUGUCGCGGGUGCUGCUGCUGGCGGUUUAACUCGGAAAACUUCCAUCCGGAACGAUGGAUUCAAACCUCUUGAUCUGACCAAGCCCCAACCUCUGCCGUUGAACGCCCACCCGCCCAGCCCUGCUGGAACCGACUAUAGCAUCAACACUGUUAGCCCUGGCCUACCACCUGGGCCCUCGGCUAGCGCUGCCGCCAUUGCUGCCGCUGGUGGACCUGCACAGUCCACUGUCCAUCGUGUCCAGCUCGACUUCAGGCCAACCCUGGAAGAUGAAAUGGCUCUUCAAGCUGGACAGCUCGUUCGUCUUCUGCACGAGUACGACGAUGGCUGGGCACUUUGCAUUCGCCUCGACCGGUCUCAACAGGGCGUUGUUCCCCGGACUUGCUUGUCCGCGCGUCCCGUGAAGUCACGGCCCCCCCAGGGCGGUCCUGGUUCCCGCGGGCCUCCAGUCAGGCCUAACUAUGGGCCUGGAGGACCUGGCAAUGGACCUAUGAGCCCGAACGGCGGGCCUGGAUACGGUCCUAACGGAGGACCCCGUGGUCCUGGCGGGUCUCCCCGCGGACCUCCUCAAGGUGGACCGAACGGCGGACGUCCUGGCCCCGGACCGAUCAAUACCAAGUUCAUGAAUCCUCGCGGCCCACCACCUCCCGGCUCGUGGUCUCGACCACAGUCUCCCGCUGGGCCAAUGAUGCCCCAUAAUGGACCUAUGAGCCCGGUGCAGAACGGAAACCCCGGCUCGCCCGUUGACCGCCCCAUCACACACGGCACGCAAAGCCCAGUGACCGCAAGUCGACGGAUGACACCUCCCGGCCCCAGCCCAGUUGCCCAGGAGUACCGCCCAGAUUCGCGAACCGCCUCCCCUGCUCCCCCGCCACCAGUGAGCAAUGAAACACCACUAGGGCAGGCAUAUUAAUCAUGUAUAAAUUACCAAAAAAAAAACAUGCCACAACGAACAUACGUAUUCAAGAUAUACGCCUUCAUUUGGAGCAGACGGUCUCUCCAACUACACCAACAAAACAAAAAUAACGAGGCCAUGCCGUCUAUGAGAAGAGAGGAAACGGUGAAAUUGAGGUCCCGUCACCAAUGCUGUGGGAGGAAAUCAAAUUGGUACUCGCGCCUAUGGCCUGCGGUGCGAUGCUUUUUACCCACUUACUUUGCAUCAUUCUUUUCUUGUUCAUUCUUCCCGUAUGCCUCUCAGGUGUUUUCGGGUUUUGGACUGUCUAUAUUUUCCUUUUAAAGUUUGGCACCUCUACUCGCUGGAUGUGCGCUUCUUCUUUUGAUGAAGCGCGAAGACUUGGAUUGGUGCUUCACAUUAAUUUGAUUUCGUAUUCGAGGCUGGAAACCGAGGAGUUGUUGAUCUGACUGAUGGGGCUGGGAUACCAUGGGCGGCCAGGCCGAGCAAACCACCAUAUUUUCUUCUGUUCAUUAUUGUGUUGAGCAUGUAAGAUAGUGCCGUAUAUGGGCGUGGGAGGGAGGAUGGAUGGCUAUCUGGAAAGUUGGAUGUCUGACGUUGCUUUUGAUUUCAGCCUGGGGUUGGGAGGCUCAUAUGGAUGUGUAUACUGUGUAUGGCUGGGUUAGCAUGAUUUUGUAGCUGUAUGAGAUUUAGGAAUGGUCAGGAGGCGUAAACUAAGUUGGGGUACCUGAGUCGUGGAAUAUAUGUCUUGUUUACUGGCACA